GUUAGUUCAAAAUGCUGCCAUUUUGUAACACUGUGGCGUUGUUUUUAUAUUCUGAAGACGUUUCACUCACCAUUGCAUAUUUUUAGCGUCUAAUGACCAUAUAUUGAACAGUUUACUCCCAUUCGUCAUCGACUACAUACAACUGAGUUUGCAGUAUGCCGCCAAAGACUCGAACAACCAAGUCAAAAACGCGAACAUCGAAAAAAGGGACAAAGGCGCGUCAGUGUGGAGAUUCCUCGUCUGAUGACAAAGAUUCUGGUGCUACAUGUAAAGUACUUCUACGUAGAAUACCAAGGAGUCUACGUAUUUUGAAAUCCAGUACUGAUACAGAAGUUAGUGAACACAAUGAAAAUGAAAACAGAAUACCAGUGGCAGACCCAUAUGCCUAUGAUGGUGAUUUUGAGAAUAGCAGCAGUGAAACACAGAGCCAGUCUGAGCCAAUGAAGUCGCCAACACAACUGUCAACUUCAUCACAUGAUAUGGACAGUGGGGAAGAUAAUAGACAGGUGUUGUCACCCUCAAGAAGGUACAAUACUCGCAAAAAGAGAGAUGCAGACUCAUCAGACUCUGGUAAUGAAACUAAACACAGUUUUUCCAAACCAAAGGUAAUCUACAGAAGACCUAGUGGUUCUCUGAAACCUAACCUCAAUGACAGUGGGAUGUUUGUGUCACCGGACAUUCAGAGAGUUAUGAAACUAAGUGCAUCAGAUACCUCUACUCCUAGCAGUUGUGUGAAAAAAGACUGUUCCGAAGACUUGUUUGGAUUUGAACAGUUAAUUAUGCCAGAAGCUUUGCCUUUCUCACCAGUUCAACCUGUGACUCCUUCAUCGCUAAAUUCAUUUUCAACGUCAUCAUCAGGAAUUGGUAGCAUGACGAUGAGUUCUUUUGGAGGGUUAUCAAGAUGUAGCCUUUCACCAUUCAAACGCAAGGCGGGAACAUAUGAUAUACCGAUUGAGAAACCUGCCAAAAGAUUGAAAAAGAAAAAAAUGACUCCAAAACAGAAAGUGGAAAUUGAAGAUCUGACUACAAAGAUGAGGGCUCAGUUUGACGACAUUGAAAUGCACGAACUUUGCAUAGAAUAGUCUUCACACAUUUUUUUUUUUCAUUUAAUCAUUGGUUCAGGAGUUUAUAUAAUUCAGUGUUCUCCCUCGGAAUAUUGGAUGACAUGGCCUCUCAUUUGUAACCUAAUUUACAGUAGUGCUUAAUAAUAUUGCCUGAGGAGAGCACUGAUACCCGUGUACGAGUCCCAUGGAACAAUUUUGAGCCUGGCAAAAACUUUUUCACUUGAAAGGAUUUUUAUUUAUAAUGCUUUUGCUAACAAGACAAGUUGCAAAUGUUAGUGUGAGAGACAUAGUGAGGGAGGGGGUAUUUCAUUUUUUUACUUUUGUUAUCUUAUUGUGUUUCUCUUGACUUACUGCAUACACGCCAAGUGCUUGUGUGUAAGUUUUAAUUUUUUUAUGUGUACAUGUAUAACACUCAUUUAAAAGUAGAUUUUGUUAAGGAUUGUAUUUAUUUUUUAGUUCAAAUGUGACUUGCAGGUUUUUAUUAUUACCACUGCCAAUAACAUGUUAGACAUAACCUGCUUUUGUUCUGAUAGGAUACAAAUACUUGUUGGGAUUAAAACAUGCAUUGGUAUCGAAAUGUGUAAAACGCUAUUUUUAUAAUCAAGACAUGAGCAAUGCAUUCUUUAUUUAAGGGGUUAAAGGAGAUUUCAAAUUACUGUGCACAAAAAUCUCUGUUAUAGUUGCAACAUUUAUGUUGCACUUGCAAACUUCAGUUUACGAUUGGCAUGUUUAACCAAAGACACUAGAAAAUACAUUAAAUAGUAUUUUCUACUGUCUUUGGUUUAACAAAGAUGUUUGCUGUGCCCAUGUCUUAAUUAUUCAAGGCCCCUUAGUAUUGUCUGAACAAGCACAUGCAAUGAUUUUCACUAUUGUACAACAUGCUCUGUGCUGUUUGAACUGAUGUGUUUCCAAAAAGCUGUACAAGUCUAUUCACUUAACUGCAAUGUCUACUGUUGAUAUUCAUAUCGACGGGUCAGCUGUGGACAUUUAUAUUUACA